AUGACCAACAACAACAACAACAACAACAACACCAACAACACCUUAUCGAUCAAGAGACUACGGAUCGAGUCGAGGCAACAAACGCAUCCGUUGUUGUCGGACAUUGUAGCGCUGUUACCAUCGGCUUUCACGGCUUUCUUGCCGCCGGAAGACGUACUACGUCUUCUGACCCAUUGCAGUCCGUUGCUCUCGCAAGACGUGUGCGAUGCCGUUGCAGCUCAAGGACUGGCGACGUUCUACGCUCGCGAAGAACAAGAGGCGCAAGUCGGUUCCGGCUGCAUGCGCGACUGGACUCGACUCGUUCUUUGGAACAGUCCCCUCGACCAUCUCGACGGCUACAGGUGCAGUCACUCCUACCUCAGCUGCAGAACUCCGUCAACCAAUGACCUGUCGCUGCCAACACGUCGCCACUUGUUAGAAGCCCUGUGCGUGGUGCACAAAGGCAUCCGGCCACAUUGCUUUCGGGUCCUGCAGUUAGACCGCAGCUUCGCACGUCGACAGUAUGGCGUACUCCAACCCGUUGUCCUCGCACUUGCCGCGAUGGAGGAGCCAUCGAUGGGUACCACAACUGCAACGGCAACAACUGCAACAACGUCAAUGGUCGAAGCCCAUUGGAAUGGGAUUCACGUCGACGUCGCUGGUGACGCGACCCAUUGCGUCUUUUGCGACGCCAAUGCCCUCAGUAUGAUUGACGGGCCAUUGAACCCGCAGUUCCGUCCAGCCGAGUACGAGUUCCUACUGCGUCAACACUGUCGAGACGUCUAUCAGCCACUCAAGCGGUUCAUGGCGCGCCACUUGCAACACGUGCGCUACGUGCGCUUUCCCCGCAGAUACACCAAAGUCAAUGACAGAUAUACCGAAGUCAAUGGCAGUGCAACGGGCGACAACAACAACAACAACAACAACAGCGAGUGGAUCGAUGUUAUUGUGGGGUGCACAACAGGCGGUGUGCUCUGUGGGGUGUACCUGACAGAAGUCCGUCUUCCCCGUGCGUCAGCUGCCCACGGCCUCGCGCCCGGUGCAUAUCCGUUCGACGCGAGUGCAAUCGAUCGCACGCGUCUACGCAUCACAUACUAA